AUGUUUGAGCCGGAAAAACUUUCGCUCCCGAAGUGGGUCUUCAACUACGUCAUUGGGGAGAGUUGCCCAUACCAAUGGAUCCCCACAAAAGUUGUGCCUCCGGCAUGCAUCCCCCAUACUGCUGGGAACCUUCCUUUCGCUCUACGUGUCACUGGUGAACCACAAUCGGUGGCUCUUUCCUCUUUGCGAAGUGGAAUUUUUCUCACGGUCAAACAGAUCCAAUGCGUGAUGAAUGCCUUCCAUGUUGAAGAGCCAACCAGUGGGUCAGGAAAGAACAAUCGGGUGGUCAAGGUUGAUUUGGCAACCGCCUUGAUCAACGGCCUGUUUGCAGAGGCAAGUGAGGAGGAGAAAGCUUUCAUGGUCACUUCGCUCUUGGUUAGAAAACAAGUUCGCCCCGAAGAGGCCCCUGAACUUCUCGUGAAAUUGACUUCUAUGCUUGACACAAGUGAGGCACAGCAUUUCUCUAGAAUGCGGAAGGCUGCAGUUGAUGAGUUGGCUGUGUCAGCCAUGAAAGACAAAAUCGCUGAAAAAAAGGCUUCAAAGGAAAAAAAAGCUGAAGAUGAUGAUGGUCCAGCGCCGUCAGGUAAGAAAAGGCCCUUGGUCAAACCAGAUGGCGACCCAGAACUCCCCAAAGCGAAAGCACCACGAAAAGCCGAGCACGAAGAAAAACUACGCCGCAGCAAUGUGAAGGCUCCCCGUGAGUUUCUUCAGUUCUUCCCUUUGGUCGAUCACUGCUACUUCAAGUGGCUUACAAAGAACUUUCGCGUGACUGUGGAGUUUCAGGACAAAGACCGCUUGGGAUUGGCACAAAGAACAAAGAGCCAGCGAUGGUACCCAAAUGAUGGUGACAAAGCAGCAGAAACAUCCAGCAAACUUGACGCGCUGGAGGUAGUUUUUCAGUUUCUUGAAUUCACAUACCACAGAUUUUGGCAGAAAGAGACAGACUAUAAUAGUUCCUACAAAGCGCCUUCUAGGUCAAACCUGGAGGAAGCACUGAGGAACAUGGAAAGCGCAGCAGCGUAG